AUGGUUUCCCCGAAGCAGCUCCGCACCACCAUCGAGUCGGCGCUGCUCGGUCCGACACCGCCGUCCCCGGGCCUGAGGAUGGAGCUGAUGCACGCAAUCCGAUCGUCACUUCCGUCCCUUCGCUCACUCAUUUCUUACCCGGUUAGUUUUUUUUUUUUUUCCUACUCUUUUUCCUUCUUUCUGUGUCUUACAUAGUGUCCGCAUUUUCAUUACUUCACCUUAGAUCAUCAAUUAUCACGAACUUGGUCUCUGCAGGGGCCGACAGCGUCGGACAGGGCUCAAGUCAAGUCCAAGGAAGUCAGGCUCCCGGAUUCUUCCCUCAUCUCUCUCGACGACUUGGAUGUCCAAAUCGUAAGUAUUUAUUCUCCCUCGGACCGACGCCUUUGCGUCUGGCUGACUAUCCAGAUUAAAAGUUUCUCGGUAUCUCUUCCGGGUUCCUUGUAAAGUGAGGGGAAGAACUUGAAUGAGCAGAUUAACCAAAGAAACCUAGUACUUUUUUCUACCGUAUCAUUCUUCCUUUAUCUCUCACUUUGCUGAACUGACUAGGAUUUUGUUUUCUGCCCAAAAAUCGUCACUUUUACAAGUGAAAUAUGAUUCAUUGCUGUUUUCAUGCUCUUUAUGCUUACCAUUCGUUUUUCCUUGCUUGAUAAUAUUUUAUUGUUGGAUAAUCAGGCAAUAAAAUUGAGUGGUGACCUCAAUCUCAAUGAAAUUGAAUGCAUAAGAUUGCUAUGUUUGGCCAAUCAAGAGGUAAUUUGUUUUGGUUUUGCUCUGUUGUCUCAUAGUUAUAUCCUUGGUGGUAUGUUGGUACCUCGCAGUUUACUGUUUCUGCUGCAUCUCCUAAUCUAGUGGGUCUUAUUUGGGCGAGAACCCCUGGAGAUCUACCGUCUUGCUGCUGGUCUUUGGUACACCGAGAGGAGAGAUGUGUUGACAUCUCUGUACACCCUUUUGCGGGUAACCACUAUAUUCUGAUACUUCAGGAAGAAAACAAGAUUUAUCUUCCAUGACUUUUGUCUCCAUCUUCUAUUGUUCUAAUUUCAUGGCUACUAUUUUGUCAUUUCCCUUUUGAUUCAGGCUGUCGUGCUUGAUCAAGGGCUCGAAGCAAAUCUCGUCAAUGAAAUUCAAAGUAUGUUGGAAGAUUUAUUUGCUUCUGGGCUUCGGCAACAUCUUAUCACUCUUAUUAAGGUUCGGAUUCCAGAAAUCCCAUCAUUGUGUUUCUAAUUAUGACAAUGCAUUCCAGCCAGAGCCAAUAUCUUUUCAUCUAUUCACAAGCGUUUCUAGUCAUGCUCUUGAAUAUAAUUCCUCUCGGUCUCUAUGCAUGAAUCCUACAGAAUCCUCGAAAUAGGAGAUAGUAGAUAACAACUCGGUCAUGUAGAUGGUCUCAUCGUCAUAAACGUAGUCAUGAUGGCACUUCGAUUAAUAUGUAUUUGUGCGUAUACCUGUGAUAGGAGUUUGUGCGCCAGAUAUGUUUGCACAUCAUUUUAACUUGAUUUUACGUUUACUUUGUUCCUUGAUCAGUACGAGGGUGCUAACUUUGUUUUUUUGCCAUCUUUUGCAGGAACUCAAUCGGGAAGAACCUGGUGGUGUUGGUGGCCCAAGUUCUGAGCGUUAUGUGCUUGACGCUAGGGGUGCAUUAGUGGAACGACGAGCUGUGGUUAGUCGGGAAAGGCUGACACUUGGUCACUGUCUUGUCCUAUCUGUUCUUAUCGUAAGGAUAAGUAAGUUGGUUUCCAUAAGUUCCAUCUGAAGAGAAAACAUCAGUCAUAGUUUCCUCGUCCAUACCUGCUUUCGAUGUGUACCUCUUUAGUGUAGUUUACCUAACAUCUUGUAAAUAUUGAAUCUAAGGCGUCAUGAAGUCAGUUUCCGUGAAAUGACAAAAAAAAAAACGUUGUAUGAUGUUAAAUGCCCAGAUUGUUGUUAACACAGUAAAUUUGGAGAAGAUUCUAUGUUCAAAUUUGGGAUAAAACAUCGAAAAAAUUCACGAAAAAUAGGACAAUAAAUUAAGUAAAAAUGAUGAAAAUUUUAGAAUUUCUGAGUUAUUAUUUUUGAAAUUCAUGAACACCGAAUCGUUGAUUUCUUUUUUCCUCCCACAAAUCUUCUGUUCAUAGAUACUAUGACAUAUAUCAGUUUGACAAGCAUGCGUUUGAUGGUUACAAUUGAUUGAAUGCUCACUGAGCGAGAAGUUUGCCAGCUGAGUGUGCUUCAUUAAUUGUUUUGGGAUCUUUGUUCUUGUGAUAAAAUAUCAUUUCUUGUUACACUGGUAUUGCAUCUAUGUUUUCAUAAAUUUCUCAUAAAUGAUAUUCAUUAUUGAGCUUGUUCUGAGAGAGGGUUUUUUUGGAGUUUAUUUGACUUUGCAGCAUCAUCUCAGAAUGCUGUUGAGAAAAAAAGCUGACUUAUUUCACUUCAGAAAAAUAUUUUUGGAUGUUUCACCCUUGUUCGUGAAUGCAUCAUUCUGUUUUUUCCGCAGCUGUUGAGUUACAUUCCCCAAACAGUUUUUUUACCUCAUUUUUCUUUAUUUCAGGCUCAAAGGAUGCGAAAGAUAUCUUUUCUGUUCUGAAAGAUUUUGCUGUUGAUGUUGAUGAUAGUGAUCCCAUUCUAAAACUUCAGGUUAUGUUCAUUCCCUUAAUAUGACUAAACAAUACACUAUGACCGUUUUUUUCUCUUAAUCAAAUCCAACUAUUAUGAUCCUGAUUGAAAGUAAAAAUAUGUUGGAAUACAUCUACUAUUUCUGAACCUAUCCACACUGUAAAUCGAAUGCAGAUUACUUUCAGCCUUCUUUUUUCUCUUGUAAUUGCUUUCAUGUCAGACGCCCUAAGUAGUGCUCCUGAUAAAGCCUCAGUCUUGUCUGACGACACAGCUUUCAGACGUGAAUUUCAAGAACUUGUAAGCUCAUGAUCCAUUCUUUAGUUAUGCUCAGCAAGCUUUUGCGCUGAUAAGCUCAAAAGGUUGAUUGUUUUUUUCAUUUCAAUCUUUAUUUUUAGGUUGUGGCCAAUGGUAGUUCCACUAUUCUUGGAUUCUGUGAUGGUGUAAGACUUGCAUGGAUCGCACAUUUGAUGCUCACUCAAGACAGAAAUUCUUCUACUGAUGCCAUAUCAAGAUCUUCGUCUCAGAACCUGGCAAACAUCUUUGCAUGUCUGGAACUUAUUUGUUCGAAUAACGUUUUCCAGUUCUUGCUGGUUAAUGUUCUGCAGUCAGCGGCAUAUCAGGUCAGAAGUUUUAUCUAAGACGGUUGAAAUAUUGAUGGAUGAUGGAAUGGAGUUGGAUUUUUAUUUUUGCACUUUCUACAAUCGGUUUUAUCUUUGGUAUUUUAUGGUGUUUACUAUAUGACGGUUUUAGAACUUUUUGAAGUUUAUCUAGAACUGUUUUUACAUUAUAUUUUUCAUUGAUUUAUUUUUCCUAGUAGUUUUCUGCUAGUGUAGUUUACAAUUUCCAUGAGAAACGUUAUAGCACUGUCAUCUGUUGUUCAUGUCUUUAUUGUGUUUGUGCCAUGGUAUCCCCAAGAAGCAAAAGUUUUGCACUUCCAAUACACAUAAAUUUCCAGUGGAAGAUCAGUGCAUAUUUGGGAGAAUAGAUUCCGAAUGCAUUUGAAAUAUUUCUUAUCACUGUGAUCUUAUAUGCUUUACUAUUUUCCUUGAUAGUUGCUUAAAAUACGAUCUUUGCAUCUUUUUCUAACAGAAUGAUGAUGAGGACAUGGUUUACAUGUACAAUGCAUAUUUGCACAAAUUAAUGAUGUGCUUCCUUUCUCAUCCACUGGCUAGAGAUAAGGUUAGUUUUUCAUUACAGAAUCAAGUUUUUCAUUUCAAAUUCUUAUCAUGACUUUACGUAUCUUUUGAUUUGUUAUCAUACUUACCUCAAGUUUAUUCAGAUAAAUAUAAAUAUAAUUUCAUGAUGUGGCAACUACCUUAUGAUUGUGAACCCUUGACAUGUAAUAUAUUAAUGAUGUAAUGGUACUGUGCCACACUGUUUUCUUUUCAGUACUAUUGUAUUAAUCCAAGAAGAAAUUAGAAAAUUGUUUUUGGUGUAUCGAAUCUAUAUGUGCACUUUUUUUUUCAAGAGGAGAUCAAAGAAAAUUUGGAUAGAGCAAAGACUUAUCAUUGUUGCAGAUGUUACUCUUGAAGGGAUUGUAGUUGUAAAACUGUAUUGGUGACCCUCUCAUGCGGAAUCAAUGCCCUUCUGAUUCUUUCCGGAGUUUUAUCAAAGACUAGUCCGCUUUUUAUGUAUGGUACCUUUGUUCAGUUCCUUUCCUUUUUCUCUUUUAUUAUAUUUUUUUUAUAUCCUAUUUUACGUACACAUGCACGUAAAUGCAUAGUUUUGUACUACUUCGUUUGACAGAGUUUUGGGGUAGUUUUUGCAUGCAUCGUUAUUGUAUUGGGACACAGGUAUUGUAACAACGUAGUUGGAUCAUAUCGCAACUCAAAAUCUGAUAGAACAAUGACAGUAUGAAUCCAUGGAGAAAUGCCUUAGGAAUGGUAAACCCUCCUCAAAAAAUUUAAUGUGCACCUUGGCUUUAUCCUAUAUAUUUGAAUCAGAAACUUAAAAGCCGAUUAGAAUUUAUUCUCCCCGGAUGUACGAAUUGAUGCAUAUUUGUUCACCAUAUUCUAAAUGGGAUAAACUUUGUCUUUGUAUUACUUAUUUUUUCUUGCUAUUAUAUGUUAGAUUGCUUUACUAAUAUAUCCCUAUCCAGUGAACUGCACUGGUAGCCAACUGGCUAUGUAUAAUCUAACAAUUGUUCAAAAAGUACCAUUCAAUUUGGCAAUUGAUGUCUGUCACUCUUGUUGAAGAGAAUGCACUGAAUGUACUUAAAAGUUAAUCUAUCUUCGUCUCUUUAGUUGGGGGUGGUUUUGUUGUCUUUUCCAUGGCUUCUGAUUUAGAUAUUCGCCUCAGACAUCUUCUUGAAUGAUAUGAUUUCUUUUACUUGUCCCACUAACUGGCAUUUCUUUUCUUUACAUCAAUUGUACUUAAAGUUUAUUGGUUGGGUGAGGAGGUCAUGCGAUUUACUUUCGAUCCUUUUCAAAAGAAAAAAAUUGCUCAAUCAUAACAGGUGAAAGAAAUGAAGGAAAAAGCUAUGAGCUCGUUGAGUCCGUACCUUGUGGCUGGUGAAGCUGAUGGAAAGGAUGACAGUGGUGCUGGUUCACUGGAGCCGAGUCACAAGAAUUAUCAGCCAUUUAUUUCUCUUUUGGAAUUAGUUUCUGAAAUCUACAAGGUCAAUUUGUUGUUGCAGCUUUUCCUUUCAUUGUUUACAAUUUAUUUGUUUAUAAUUCAUUUUUUAUGCCCAUUUAGUUGUAUAUUUGGGUACUUUAUUAGUAUACCCUCUGAGGCUGUAUUUCUUUGUGGGUUUAUGCCAGCUUCAAUCAAAUGUAAUUUUUUUAUUUUUAUUGAGACUUCAAGAUUGUUAGCUUGGAAUGACAUCGUCUUAUCCCGCAUUUUAUAUUGGAGGCCAUGAUGUUUUGUCUGGUGCAUUGUUUAUUUAUCCAGGUAUCUGCAUAUGUCAGCUUCUAGGACUAAUAUUUUGAAUUAAGCAAUUCUGUACGACCGUAAGUGAAGUUUGGAAAAAAUUGCUGUAAUAAUCCUUUGCUGUAUGAUUUUAGUAAGGCUUGUGGGUCAAAUCUCCAUAUGUUAUCCAUGUAGUCCACUGUGAACUUACUUGCUUUUUACUACAAGAUACAAAAUACUGGGCACGAGGCAAACCUAAAAAUUUUCGUCAUUGUCAAUGUGAUAUUUAAGAAGUCAACUUGAACUAUAGGUUUUCCUAUCCUUGAGCACGUCUAGUAGACCACUUGAAGAUCAUAUCCCAUAGUCAUUGUCCAUGGCCAGUUUGAAUUAAACAAAAUAUCCACGUGGAUCGUGUCUUUCGUCUCUCUGAAAUUUUUUUACUGUUUUCUGAUAUUUCUCUCCUUGCGUAUGGCCUAUGUUGAACAGUUAUCCACUAGUAGAGAUCCGGUACAUAAGAGAUUAGGAUUGCCAAUUUUGUAGCAUAUUAAUUCCUUUCUUGAGAAUGAACCAUAUUAUAGAUACUCUUUCGCAUGACAUACAUUGUCAACGGUUAUCCCUUGUUAUCCACCAGGUACACAUUUUAUGGAUAUGAGGCUUGAAGGCAUGGACAUAUGUAGGCAGCCUCUUGUGAAUCAGAUUCCAAAUACAAAAGUUUUGCUUUUGAGGGAAGCUUAUUCCUCCAAACCGUUCUACACCAUCCAGCUUGACAUCCUCCUUCACCAAAAAAAAAAUUGACAUUCCUUUUUAAUCUUGUGUGAUUGUGAUCUCUUUUCACCCCGGAAUGAUGAAGGGCAUGCCAAUUUUAGUAGGUUACGUGUAGGAGAUGCUCCAACCUUGAAAGAAGUUCAUUGUGAUGAAGGCAUCGUGUGGGAUCUUUCUUAUUUCAAGUUGGUCAAAUCUGCACUAAGUAGGCUGUUUCAUGGGACUUCUUGUUGUCAAUAGCGGCCAAAUCAAAUUGCAGGUUUGAUAGUUGGGAAGUAGUGCAUUUAGAGCUUUGAGAAUAUUUUGUCCACUGGAUAAAAAGGUUCCUCCAAGUUUGUGGGGUUGUGAAAUUUAUAAUUGUUGCUUAUUUUUGUGGGUUUAAGGUUUGGGGUGAGAUACUAUUGCUUCUUUGUGUGUUUGAACUACCUUAAAACCUGUCCAUAGGAUGGCCACGUCAGUUACUCCAGUUGAACCCCACUUCUAAAACUAUGACGCCUGCUUGUGAGCUUCAUUACAGUAUUAUCAUUUGGCAGUAUUUAAGACCAUGUUACUCUAAAAAGUUUGGGAAUCGAAAUGUUGCCACACUGUUAGGAGAUAGUACCAUUUAUCUAUCUUUCAUUUCCAGGAUUUUCUCUCUACAGUCAUAUUUUCUUUAUUGUUCUUUUUCUUUUAAUGCAUGCUAAUGGAUACAUCUUUAAUUGAUUUUUUUCAGAAGGAACCUGAGCUUGCAUGUGGGAAUGAAGAUUUAUGGACAUUUGUAAUAUUUGCUGGAGAGGAUCAUACAAAUAUUCAGACUCUUGUUGCCUUUUUGAGAAUGCUUAGUGUUUUGGUGUGUAAUAUUUUGUAGAUUAAUUAUUUAUCUUAUUGUUUUGGUUGUGUUUUGAUCAGUUUUAUGUUUUCAGGCUUCUAGUGAAGAGGGUGCUUCAAAAGUGUAUGAGUUACUUGGGGGUAAAACAUUUCGCUCCAUUGGUUGGAAAACCCUCUUUGAUUGUUUAUCAAUCUACGAGGAAAAGUUUAAACAGUCUAUUCAAAGUAGUGGAGCAAUGCUUCCUGAAUUUCAGGAAGGGGAUGCAAAAGCGCUAGUGGCGUAUCUGGAUGUUCUUCAAAAGGUUUGAACUUGCAUGAUAUCUAUUUUACCUAAUUACCAAUGUGUUUUUAUUCAAUAAGUAAUGCUAAAGCGCUACUUAUUUUCCCAUUUUUUCAACCUGAGUUUAUGUUUCAGUUGAUCAUAUCAGCAAAUUUGUCAUAAUAAUCAAAGAGGGAAGAUUUCAAUCGUUCCUUUCUCUCAUACUUGGAUACUUCAACAUUUCUGUUUCCUGAUAUUACGAGACAGCUUUGGUUUUGAACCCGCAGCUUGGUGUUUGUACGAUCUGUACAAGUGGUAAUAACUGAUUGGUUGAUGUUGCCUCAUUGUUAAGGGUUUUGUGUACAUAAAGGUUAUAUGUUGCUCUAAAAGCCUUUUGAAGUUGUCCUCAGGUUCAAUGCGAUUAUUCAUGGAUCAGAGCCUAGAAAUAAGAUGUGAUUUCUAUGUUUUUUUUUGGUCACGAGUCGGCAAGAAAUGAAUCCUGUCCUGUGAACAAGAAGUUAUUUAGCAUUAUUUUUCAUCAUCUUCAUGUUGUUUUCUCUUCAACAGUGGCUUUUCAAAUUGUAUCAUUGAAUAAAUUUAUGUAUGCUUAAUACAGGAAUGAGUUUCUUUAGAGAGCUCACAUCAAAGUGUAAUAUAUAUUGCAGGUUGUUGAACAUGGAAAUCCACUUGAAAGAAAAAAUUGGUUUCCAGACAUCGAACCUCUGUUUAAGCUUCUUGGCUUCGAAAAUGUGCCUCCCUAUUUGAAGGUAAGUUAUUACAUUAUUAUUAAUCCUUUUCUUUUAAUGAAUGGGCUUUGUAUUAAUUUGAUCUUGUUUUAGGGAGCGUUGAGGAAUGCCAUAGUUUCUUUCGUUCAUCUAUCUCCUAUGUUAAAGGAUACGAUUUGGGGGUACCUUGAGCAAUAUGAUCUACCAGUGGUGGUCGGCCCACCUACUGGAAGCAGUACACAACAGAUGUCUCUGCGGGUAUUUCUUUCUCACACUUCUAGCUUCGCUUUUCUGCGGGUUGUACUGUUUUCGUUUAGCACCAAAAAGAAGACUUGUCACACAGUUGGUUUAUUCUUUUUUGCUUCCCAGAAGUACUUUUUCUGUUUUUUCACACUUUCUGAUUUCCUGUAUUGUCUUAAUAAAGCAUACGUAUAGCAUAUGUUUUCUCAACGAGUAUCAACAAUAGGCAUUGGAAAUGCAUGUUUCCCAGUAGCUACUGAUGGGAGACUAUAUUUUUCCGAGUUGUAAGAGGGUAAAACUGAUAGAAUUAGCAAUGAACUUCCUAGGAGUAGAGCCAAACGGUGGGUGUUGUUUGUGUUAAAACAAACCCUACAAUUGUCACCUGUUCAUCAUAUGGAAAUACAAGCAGCAAUUGGGGUUGAGUUGAUAUUUCUAUAAUGAAAAAAAUGGUCAGGGCGUCAUGCCAUGUUACCUUGGUAUAGUUUCGUAACUAUCGGUGAAUGAGCUGAAUUCAUCAAUAUUGGGAGCAGGUGUAUACAUCUGAAAACCCCAUUGUGAUAUGAUUAUAAAAUGAUUCAGGAAAAAAUAAAAAAUUAAGAAAAAUGUUGAACCAUGGGCCUCAGUUUAUAGUGGGUGCAAUGCGCGCCAUGCAAAUUAAUAAUUAUGUGAAAAAAAAUAAGAAAAAGAAUGAUGUGCCCUUCUGCGAUCUGUGGUCAUCAGGCUGCCUCCAUCUGUCGCCCUGUUUAUUGUGCACUUGGGUCUUUUAGGGUUUAUUGUCGUUCAAAUGAGCCCUGUGACUUUGCCUGUAAAGGGGCAACCGACGACGUGUGAAGAUGAUUUUUCAUGUUAAAUUGAUCGAAAACAAUAAAAUCUUUUUGUAGAUUCUGCAAAUUACUUCACAUCUUAGCAGUUAUAAAAAAUUUCUGAAAAUUACAGAAAGUCAAAAUCUGGUUGUACCUUCAAUGUUGGAUUUUGUUUAUUUGUCUUUAAUCCAUCUUGGGUUUCUGAAGCCCAUGACUGAGGAAGGAGCUGAGGAAAAAUGCAUUUUUAGUUGUCUUUUUAUCGUCUAUCAUUAAUGUUAAAUCUCAGGGCACUUGGUGGAUUUACGACCAACCUUCUCUAAAUGUAUGAAAUUUCGUGCAACAUCUUGAUAAAUCUGUGGGCAUUCUCCUGCGUGAUGAACAAAAUAAGUGUAUGCGAACCUUUUUCGCAGUUCUGCUGUUAAAUGUUCGCACUGGCUUGUGAAUUUCCAGUUCAUAUGUCAUAAUCCUUUGGUCUUUAUGAACUAAUCACCUUUCCUUCAGAGUGUUUGCUUUUUCAGAUGGUUCAUGGAUUAAGGUGAAUAUAGUUGCAUAAUCAAUUUGUUAUAUAGUUUAGCUUUUGACUUUGCCAGGUCUAUGAUAUGCGGUUUGAACUAAAUGAAGUUGAAGCGAGGCAGGAGAAAUAUCCAUCUACUAUAUCUUUCCUUAACUUGUUGAAUUCCCUUAUUGCAAAAGAAAAGGACAUAGGUGACCGAGGGCAACGGUAAAAUUCCUCACUUUGGUAAUUUAUUUGUUUUCUUUAUUGACUGAUUAACAGUUUCUAAUCUGAUUGUUCUUUCUGAUGUGAUGAUUUUCCAGAUUUUUAUGGAUAUUUAGGUUUAUAUGCGAUCAUGUUUUUGGGCUGUUUCCUCAACGCGCAUAUGCUGACCCCUGUGAGAAAUGGCAGUUGGUUGUUGCUUGUCUCCAACACUUUAAGAUGUGAGUUUCAUUUGCUUUUGCUGAUAUGUUACUGCGCCUUGUAUUGAUUCAACUGGUGAUACGAAGCGCUGAGUGUGAUUUUACAGGCUCUUUGCCUAAUGCUUCACGGGAUGCAACUGGGUGUAUGAAUGUAUCAAGAUCCAAUCAUUUUUCUUUUGCUUGUUUAUGCAUGCAUUUAAUUAUAAUUUUAAACAUACCAUGUUUUGGAAUUCUUAUCUUUUUCUUUCAAGAUAUGUAUUUGAACUAAAUUAGGGAUUCUUCCUUUUGGCAGGAUACUGACUAUGUACGAUGUAACUGAUGAUGAUAUUGAUGAUCUGGAAUCAUCUCAACAACCUAGCUUGACGCGUGGAACUACACUUGAAAAGCAGCUCCCGAUAUUAGAACUGCUUAAAGUAAUGAUAUAUAUUUCAUUUUCUCUGAAUUUUAUGGACAUUGUAAAUUUUGCUAAUGCUUAUAUUGAUAUUCUGUUGCAUCAGAAAUAAUUAUCAUCUAUGUUUCCCUGUUUAACUGCGAUUUGUGAGUUUUUGCUUAUGAUAUCAAAAGUCUGCUGGUGACAUUUUUUCUACUACUGCCUGCCCCCAUAAUGUUGGUUGUCAUCCCUGUAUUGUAAACUUCUGUGGAAGGUACCAACAUGACACUAGGGAUAAAAGACCAAGACACAUGGAGAACUGUAAAUUUAAAAAUAUUUUUCCAGACCUUCAGUUCUCUCUUCCGUAAUGGUGGAUCAUCCAAUAGAACAGGCAGUACUCUCACUAGGAUAUUAUCUCUUUCAACCUUUCAGUAUGAUAUUCAGAGAGUAAUCUUCAAAGCUAGCGUACAUGUGUCAUCCCCCCUCCAAACUUUGUUCUUGUUGAAAAAUCCUGCAUGGAUUAGGGGGAUUGCCAGGAAUUCCCCUCUGAAUUACUGCUUCCCACAUAAUGGCCAAUAGGGCAGAAGGAAAUGGUCUGUCAGAUUAAUAUAAAGAGAGAAAUCGUAAUAAAUUAUAUUUUCCACAGUAAAAAGAGAGGAAUAAGUACUCUUUAUUUAUCAGGGCAAAAAGAACUUAGAUAAAUUGUGCUUAGAUAUUAUUCAGACUUUGUAUCUGUGACAUUUAUUCAGCAGCGAAGUCAUUUUGGAACUAUGCUUCUUGUGGCAAAUUUAAGGGGGAUUGUCUACUUGUGCAACUUUUCUUCAGAUUGAAUUUCGUUUUUUUUCAUCUUUAUAAAUAUUUCGUACAUCUUUUAUGUGAUUUGCAUCUUUACAUUUAAGCUAGUUGUUGAUCUUUAUGUUUUCUUUGUCAUGAGAUGUAGUGAUAACAUUUGUAGUUCUAUAGAACUUGCAUAAUAUUCAAACCUCAUGGCCAGCCUUACUAGCAAUGCACUGUAUCUUUUAGAUCUGUGCUUGACCGGAUUUCGUGAGCAUCCUGACUUGUUUGGUGAAGGCAAGACACAGUGCCUAUUAGUCAACUUGCCCAAUGACCCUUGUAAUGAGUCUCUUGCAUUGGUAUUUUCUGCCAAUUCGAAUUUUCUUAGUAGAUCGUUGCAAACACUUACAGUGCAUCAUGUCUCUAUGAAACAUGUUGAUAUCGAUGGCUGCGAAUUUCUUUUGCAGGAUUUCAUGAGUGGUAGAACGAUUUUUCGUAAUAUCAUGAGUAUUCUCUCUCUGGGGACAAAUUCCAUCAUACAUGAUCGUAGUAGCAAAACAUACGGCCACAUUUUGGAGAAGGCCGUGCAUCUCUCGUUAGAAAUUGUAAUUCUUGUUUUUGAGAAGGAUCUCCUUGUUGCUGGCUCUUGGCGUCCUUUGUACCAGGUUGUAACCUUAAUAUUCACCAUUUUAUAUAUUUAUCUUAUAAAUAUCCAUUUGUUUUAUUGAUGGCUUUGCUUUUGCAGCCUUUGGACGUCAUACUAUCUCAAGAUCACAGUCAGGUUAUUUCUUUACUGGAGUAUGUUCGAUAUGAUUUCCUUCCUCAAAUUCAGCAGUGCUCAAUAAAAAUCAUGAGUAUCUUCAGGUGAAAACUCUUAGUUCGUGAUGAAGCUUGCUGGCAUUCCCUGGUUAAUGCAUGCAUGUCCUCUUUAACGAAAUGUAUUCAUGUUUUUUUUUUCUGUGUAGUUCCUUCUCUAAUAUUAAUGCUAUUUUUUCUUGUGAUAGUACCCGCAUGUCUGGACUUGUACCACUGUUGUUAAAAUCUAGUGCUGCAAAAUGCUUGGUUGAAGACUAUGCUGCCUGUUUAGAGUCUCGCUUUGAUGAGUUCCAACUUAUUGAGAAUUCUAAAGAUGACUCGGGGGUUCUUAUACUGCAGGUCUGUCUGAGUCAUUUUUAACCAAGGGCCUCCUUUCCGUUAAAGAGUGAUUUUAAUGUCUAUUUGUAUCUUCAGCUUCUUUUAGAUAAUAUCACUCGUCCAGCUCCGAAUGUCACACAUUUGCUUCUCAAGUUUGAUGUGGACACGCCUGUUGAUCGUACGGUGUUACAGCCAAAAUACCAUUACAGGUUUAGCUCACAAUAUUUAUUGAUUAUCCAGCGACUUGGUUAGAACUGGGAAUAACCUGAUCUUGGAAGAUGUUGUGCAGUUGCCUGAAGAUCAUUCUAAAAAAUUUGGAAAAAAUGUCAAAGCGCGAUGUAAAUGGAUUACUCUAUGAGUUUAGUUUUCAGGUAACUGCCUCAUUUGCCACCAAUACUUUGUGAUUUUACUUAAUAUGUAUGUGGAGGCAAUACAGUACUCAUUUCUAUUGUGCAGCUUCUUUACGAAUUGUGCAUGGAUCCAUUGACCGGAGGAGCAACCCUUGACCUCUUGAGCACAAAAAAAUAUCAUUUUUUCUCGAAGGUUUGAAGCUUAUUUUAUUUAUUAAUUUUUUUAUAUCUAUGGCGUAUUUUAUUAAUUGUGAAAGUGUUUUUUUGGUCAGCAUGUGGAAACUAUUGGCGUUUCUCCACUUCCUAAGAGAACUAGUUCUCAUGCACUCAGGAUUAGCUCUCUCCAUCAGGUACCAAAUUCUUGGCAUUUGAUUGUUUCUUAUAUUCAUAAACAACUAGUUAAAACAUCCACCUCCUGUAAAUUAAGCUAACAAAUCUAAUUUUCUGAGGAAGAUAUCGUAAGUACGGGAGUUAUAUCCUUUGCUAGGUAGAAGAGCAAGGAGGUAGAAAGCACACAACCUUAAAUAAGUAUGUUGUUAUUCCUCAUAAAUGAAAAAGGGCAGUGUUAUGUCCAAAGAUUGAGAACAAAAAAUGUACAUUAGUUAAUGUUUCUUGACAGGUGAAUUGAAUGGAUUAUUCUUUUUAAGUUUACAUAAAUACUAAUGAACAUCAAAUGAUGCAGGUUUGCGAGAAGAAAGUUUGGAAGUUAAUAGUUGAACAGUACUUGCCUGUGCCUCUUUACGAUCUCCAAGCAAUCAACAAAAUAGUAUAGCUGCUUGGGAUAAUCCAAUUUGCUUUUUUUGUUUUUGGGUGCAUACUGCACAUUAUGUGUCAAUAAGUCCUGACAUUCUAAUGUCUGGUUCUUAUGAAUUAAUCCGAAGUGGAGGAAAAGUUGAGAGAAAGGUGCCAGGAAUUUUGAUGCAGUGUCAUCUACACUGGGAGUUAUUCCCUUAGCUUUUGUGUUACUUAUGAUUCUAUAAACGAAUAUGGAAAAUAAACGCUUUUCGAGAUCUAGGAAGCAUUGGUUAGUUGAUUUAGUGGUGGCUAUGUUGUCUGUCCUUUUCUUGUGACUAAUUUGCCUUUGACAAACUGGUUAUGAUCUUUUGAAAGAUAAUAGAUUUUAUUACUAUUAAACUUGGUCACUGGAAUCAGGUGCAAACUACUUGCUUUCAUUGUGUGCAUGGUAUCAUGAACCUUUUGGAAUGGUGUAAGAAGCUGUUUAUACUUUGAUCAGGGAUUAAAUUUGUGGUAAAACGUUAGUAAAUUUAGAGGAUAAUGGUAUAUUGACCCAAAAUGUAUAGUAAUGAAAGGACUUUGUUCAUAAAUUGUGUAUAUUUAUAGAUAUUAUAUUAACAAUCAUAAAGAUCUUCUAACUCGAUUUAUAGUGCUCCUUUUGUUGUGAUGGUCGUGUAGCUGUCUUUUUUGUAUACAUCUGAUCGUUUAAUAUCAUUUUCUCAUGUCAGAGAUGAUGGUACAUUGACCCAAAAUGUAGAAUAAUUAAAGGACUUUGUUCAUAAAUUGUGUAUAUUAAAGGUACUAUAUUAACAAUCAUAAAGAUCUUCUAACUCAAUUUAUAUACAAUAAAGUUGAAAACAAACUGCCGGAAUGUUUCCAGCCUUUACGAAUGCAUAAAUUUGGAAGAAUAUAUUGUUACUUUCCGUGUAGUUCACUUUUGAAUACAUCUGAUCGUUUAAUAUCAUUGUCUCCUGUCAGAGAGCUUGGUUUUUAAAACUGUUGGCGUUGGAGUUGCAUGUUGCUGAUAUGGCUGUGUCCACACAUCGUGAUGCAUGCCUCACAAUCCUUUCGCAAAUUUUUGGUCCAGUCUCUGGUGAAAUGUACACAGGCCCAAGUUUAUCACAAGCAUUACAGGUAGAGAGUCAUCGUGAUGGAAGCAACACUGUCAAUAGGAGUAAGGUAUGUCUGUUGCCGGGAAAAACAUUUUCCUUGAUAUCUUUUUCUCUCUCUGUGAAAAUAGAAUAAUGUUGUUUUACAUUUUUUUCUUGAGGAUUUCUUUUUUCUUUACUUCGUGUUUAAGCCAUUGUUUGCCUAGGAUUUCCCAAGCUUGUUCACAUAAUUUUCUAUAUGUCAUUCCAAGACCGUAACUGGUUAUGGUUAGAUUGUUCUUCAUAUUUGUUUUAAUAUUUUUUCCUUCUUCGUAUUUUCAUUGAAAUUUCCGCUUGGGCGUUUCCUUUGUCAAUAUCUAAAUGACAAGAAUUGGAAGUCAAGAGUAAGAUAUGGAUCAAGAAAGGAUUUGUACAAGAAGAUUAUUGUAAAUCUCAAUCAUGGUGAACUCCUGAUUGAUUCUUUUACUGGCCUUCUUCACUUCUUCAUUCAGGUCUUGUAAAAAUUGACAUUGUCAAGAAAAAACCGAUUUGGGUAUAAAGAGUCAAGUCUUUUCCUCAUUUUCUCCCUUAUCGAUUGAUUAGAACUCCACCCUCAAAAACUGAACGGGGAAUAGGGUUUUUGUGAACUAGUCUGUUGGUACCCACCAUUAUCCACUAUUAAGCUCACUUCCCAUCACCACAAGUUAUUGUCACUUACUUUUCACUCCCUUGCGACUAUUGCCAUCAGUCAACAGUCAUGUUUCUUGUGUUUAUUUUAUUUUAUUUUACCUUUACUUUUGACUUUUUGCUUCACGUUGUAAUUUUUAUUUGCUGUUUUAUGAUAGUGGUUAAAUCAUCUUAGAAAAGGAAAUCUGGAUUGCUGCCUUCAAGCUUGAUUCUAAUUGGAUUGGAUAGGAUAGCAUGAGUGAUGUUGCUGCCAGAACUCAACCAGGCGCUGCCAAUGACACUCUUAUCGGUUGCCAACAAUAGCUGCCGUUACUAUUCUGCUAGUGUGAUCGGAGAGCCUCCCUUCAUCCUAUCCCCACCGCUGCCACUGAUUCCUGGUAGUCUGCUAGAACUUAUCAGUCAUGACACUAUUGACAUUUAAGAGAUUCGUCAUCUCCUUUUGUCAUCCUGGGCAGUGGUGAUUUUCUACUAUUUUUACCUGUCACCGUUCUGUUCAUUCAUGUUGCCCCUAUGAUAAUUUCUAUUUGAUUGGUUCUGUCUUCAUCCUGAGAAUCCUUCUGACAGUCCCCUGUUCAUCACCGUAAGCCAUUGUUUCUGAUCAGUUAUGACAAUCAGCAAACUCGGAUUUGCCUUUAGUUCCACAUUUCUUGCCGCCCGAACUACAAGGGUCCACAAUCAGUUGUGUUCCAUUUGUGGAUUAGUAUUGAACGGAAGAAAUUUUCGUAUUACCCAAACAGAGUGCAGGCGACAGAGCGAAUUUUCACAGAUUUCAAUGAUAUCUUCAUCAAUUUUCUUUCGCUUCAUAUUGAAUAUUUACUUCUUAAAGUCCUUUUCGAUUCGGUGCUUGCCGUUUGGCUACAAUCUGGUUUCUUUAUGAGCUACUUUAUUUUGAACUGUCUAUUGUUGAUUAAUCAUUUUUAUUAUUAGUCGUAGUAGUAGCUUACGUUUUUCUUGUGAUGUCUUUCAUAAACGAUAAACAAAUAUGCAGAUUUUGUUUUUUGUUUCAGAUAUUACGAUUGCUUGAAAUCGUCCUAUUCAGGUGCCCUGACAUGGCAAGUUAUUCUCAAAUUCUUGCUAAUCUGAAAUACGACUUACGGGUGAGUAACCAACCUAUAAAUUUUUGUUUCUCCAUAUUCCCUGUAUUUCUGACAUGUUGUCUUAUGAAGGUGGACGAUAUACUAAAAAAUCCUUCCGCUUCUGAAAAAGGUGGUGUAUACUAUUACUCUGAACGAGGUGAUCGCUUGAUUGACCUAGCAGCUUUCCAUGAUAAGAUUUGGCAGGUCAAUUUUCGUCUUUGUUGCUCAAUUAUUAUUUUGUGAUUGAAGACGUAUUAUCGUAUGCCUAAUGAUUUAUCUUAUCAAUUUUUUAUUUCCUUUCCUGACUUAUACUUCAUUAUUUUAGGUUAUCUGAUUGUACAUUGUUUAUGGUUAUCUCAGAUGCUUAAUCUUCUUAAUCCACAUCUCGGUUCUCUUGGCAUGGAAGUAGAAAUGGAUAACCUAAAGGAGUCAAUUCAACAAUUGUUAAGGUGGGGCUGGAAGUACAACACUAACCUUGAAGAGCAAGCCGCACAACUUCACUUUUUGACAGCUUGGACUCACAUUGUCGAGGUAGAUGAGCUUUCUCCACAAGGAAUAUGUAUUUGGUUUCUGCUCUAUGUAGUGUUUUGAUUUCGGUUUUACUUAUGCCUUUCAGGUCUCCAUAUCUAGAAGAAUGAUGUUCCUUGAGGAUCAUUCUGAAAUUUUAUUUGAGUAAGGGAUUCAGCUUUAUUUUUUUAAUUUCAAAUCGAGUAAAUGCUUAACUUCCUUUUUGAAAAUGGUAUCAGGUUGCUUGAUGCUUCCUUGGGUGCAUCAGUUUCUUCCGACUGUUCUUUAAAAAUGGCUGUAAUGUUGAGUCAGGUGAUUGAAUGAUGUAUAAUUUUGUCUUUGUUAGUUUGAACUCACUUCUGUCAAUAGCCUAUUCAUUUUUUUUGCUUCCCAAAGGUCUCACUGACUUGCAUGGCCAAACUGCGGGAUGAAAGAUUUGUGUGCCCCGGAGGAGUGGAUCCAGACAAUGUAACGUGCCUGGAUGUCAUUUCUGUGAAGCAGCUCCCAAGUGGGGCAUGCCAGUCUAUCUUGCAUAAGCUUUUGAUGGCUAUUCUGAGAAACGAGUCAUCAGAAAUAUUAAGGAGGCGGUAUUAUAUUUAGCUUGCCUGGAGUAUUAUUCAUACAAUUUUCUUUCUUUCUAAUGGUAUUUAAUGUAUUGAAUGUUUGAAUUGCAGUCAAUAUGCAUUACUUCUCAGCUACUUUCAAUACUGUCGAAGUAUACUUGAUCCUGACUUCUCAGGAUCAAUAUUAGGAUUCUUGUUGCGUGAAGAGCAUGAUGGAGAAGAUUCUGAUCUCCAGAAGGUUUCCCAUAUUUUACUUUAUUUGGGUUUGAGGCAUCCUUGGCAUAAUUGGCCUAAUUGAUUGUUAUCUGGUUUAAAGGUUGACAGAGAGCAAGCUGAACUACUGCGUGCCAACUUUUCAAUAUUGAAGAAAGAAGCCCAAGGAAUUCUUGACUUGGUGGGUGUGCUCUUCUCUUAACUGUUCCAAGACAUCCAUAGUUUUCUUUUGUAGGCUUACAUCAAUGCCAAUGAAAAGAGAGAAUCUAACUGAAUAGCAUGUGAAAUACUACAAAUAUGAGAUAAUGUGCCUGAAUUUUAGCUUUUUUAUUGAUGGUAAGACGUUGUCUCCUUAACUGUCUCCUCCGGUUUUAUAUUAUCUGAUAUGUCUACUUCCGGUCUAUAUCAAAGUUUCUUUUCCAAAGAGUUAUGUUCUUCUAGCUGACGCAUUCACGUGAAUAUUAUGCAUAUCUAGUUAACAAGGGACGCAACUCAGGGGAGUGAAGCUGGGAAGGCGAUUUCACUUUAUGUUCUAGAUACAUUUGUCAGCAUUGAUCAAGAAAGAUUUUUCUUGGUCCAGCUUCAAAGUAGAGGAUUUUUAAGAACAUGUCUUGUGGACAUUAGCAAUUUCACUUGCCAGGUUUGUUUUCUCUAGAACUUGCCUUUGGAUCUUGAUUUUUUCUAUUUUUUAUGUCCAACUGAUGAUGACAGUUAUAUUAUUUUCUCAUGUUUUCUACGCUGCUAUGAUAUUAUUUUUUUAUAUCCAAGAAGAAAGCGUUGACAUCCUUGCUGUAUGCGAUGCUGAUCCAUCUGUAUCUCUUUUAAUGUCCUCUGUUUUCUAACCUUCACUCUCCCCAUAUUAUUCAUCAUAAUUUGGAAAUUUCUUCUUAUUAUGUUUGUUCUAUUGGCAUCAUGCCUUGGUAAAGAAAUCAUACCGGUAUGCUUUCCAUUUAUCGUGUAGUAUAUGUCCCAUAUAAUUUUAUUUUACAGAAACUUACUGAGACUAUUCACCUGAUUUUUGAAAUUUAUUCUUAAUAUUAUAUGUGACCUGGGAUUUUAUUCUUUGGAAGUGUGAUCGGAUUCCUGCUUUGGGCCAUCUAUUGUUUGAUUUUUGGUUGUCUUAAUUUCUUUAUUCCCUAUCAAUUAAAAUUAUUACCAUUGUGAGAUAUUCUGAUAUUAUCAGCUGUUUGAAUAGCUUUCCAGUUGUUAGAUUGAUCUUUAAGUGAAUUAUAGAAUGGUAACUUACGUAUACAUUGGAACAUCAACCUUACUUUCUCAUACUUCACUUUCUUGUUGGCUUCCCAGGAUGGAUGGCACUCAUUGGAUUCUUUGCAGAGGUUAUGUACUCUUGAGGCUAAGCUUGCUUUGUUAUUGAGGAUUAGUCAUAGCUACGAGAAGUUUGGUGGACAGAUCCUGAUUUCAAUGGGGGUUUUAGAACAUUUACGAUCAUGCAGGGUUGUUGAUUUGCAGAUGAAGGUACUUUUAGUGUAUAAUCUGUUGCCUUUUCUAUUGAUGGGAUCUAAUAGUUCUAAUUUUCAUCAGCGAAGUAUGAGAAGCGGUGAUUAUAAAUCUGUCCGGGAUUCAACAGCUGUGAAUGAGAGGCUACGGCUAGUCCUCUCUCCGGCAUUGAGAUUGGUUUCUAGUUUGACAUCACUAGUGGCCUUAUCAGAACUAUUUGAGGUUUUCUUCCAUUCUUUACCUCUGUUACUUAAGUAUUAUAGAUUUCUCAGCAAAUUUUUCCUAGUAUAUGAACAAGUAUUUCAUAUGAAUAAGUUCGGUGAUUGUAUAUUUCAUGUUCUUUUCGCUACUAGUUGAUGUUCUUUUUGACCUUUUUUCUUUCAAAUAACUCCUGAAUUGCAGUAUGUGGAUUGACUGGUUGUGAAGUGUUUUUGUGCAUGUAGAGAACUUUAAUAAUUAUUGCCGCGUGGAUUUGUCUGUCGUUUUGUUCCAUCCUGAUUUUUUAUCAAUAAAUGACUAACUGUUUAUCUUGUCUUAACGCAAUUGAUGUGUAAAACACUUAAGAAAAUAAUAUCUCAUCAAAAGACGAGACUGAGGAGGUGGCAGGAAAGGGAUGGCUAAAACUGACGAGAAAGUGAGGAUCAGACGCACACAAAGGCGCGAACUUUAUGCAGAAUAUACUGUCUUCAUUUGCAAUGGUUAAGAUAUCUGUGUGCCCCUCUUACACGGAACGGCAUUGUAGCAAACAAUUUGAUGAGAUUUACUCCUAACUCAUUUUAAAUUUGGUUGAUCGUUUUCUUCUAGUUGUUGAUUCUGGUUUUCGGAGCUACUUGGUUUCAUCUUGAUAUUCUCCCCACAAAAGAAAAGAAAACCUAUGUACAAGACUUAGAAGCAUACCAGGAGACUGCAUGUAAUGCUGAGAAUUAAUAAUUCUCAAAAUGUGAGAUUUACCCCUCGUGUUACAAAAAACCCUUGAUCACACUUGUUCAUUAACAAAGAUGCAAAAACAGUCUAUCUACCAAACAGCUCAGAUGCACAAAACUGCGUUUGCCUCAAUGCCGGGCUAAUAGCAGACCAUCCAUGUGUCUAGCAACUAUGUUCCCAACGUAUGACAUAUUAGUAAUUCGGUCAAAUUUCCCAAGGGACUAAUAUAAAUUUAAAGGUGUGGAUUCUUUGGUAAAUAACAUUUUCAAAACCAGCUGAAUAUUGUCAACCUCCCGCAGGUAUCUGGGCCGUUUUCACGGAGAAUUGAUGUUCCUUAUUACUUUUCAUCACUGGUUCUUGUUCAUCCGGAGCGUUUGGCUUCCUAUCUUCAAGAAUAUAGUCUACGUAAUCUGUAUUUUUAAGAAGCCCUCACAACGGUGAAUUUAAUGUGUGGCUUCUUCUUGUCUUGGAUGCACGUGGCAUUUUGUCAAUUCAUUACAUUUGUUUCUCAGUCGUCCUUUUCCUUAUAUGCUUAGCCUUAUAUUCCCGGUGGCUUGACUCCUCAUGCCACCCAACCUUGCGAUUCCUUUUUUGUUUUCACUUUUUAAUACUCUGUCAUUAUGGAACCUUUGAAAGAGAACAAUUAUUCUUUUUUUCUGUUCGGAUUCAUUCAAGAGCUUUUCUGUACGAAAAUAUUAUUCUGUUUUUCUAUACGGAUUCAUUCAAGAGCUUUUCUAGACAAAAAACUCUAUACUGUUUUUUUCCUUAAAACGUUGACUAAUUAUUCCAGGUAAAGAACAAAAUAGUUCGUGAAGUUGUAGAUUUCGUUAGGGAGCAUCAGUCAGCUUUUGAUGAAAUUCUCAGGAAGGAUGUUUCAAGGGCAGAUGAGUUUGCCUUAGAGCAAAUCAAUCUUGUUGUAUAUAUACUCAGUAAGGUACACUUUCUUCCUUAAAUACUUUACUCAAUGAUUGUUUGAAACUUCCCCAACACUUCAUGGCAUUUUUUUUCCUCAAGGUUUGGCCUUAUGAAGAAAAUGAUCAGUACGGAUUCAUUCAAGAGCUUUUUCAUCUGAUGUGUGUUAUCUUCUCUUUUGAUGGUUCAGCUUUUAUUGAGGUGAGCUUGUUGACAGUUUGACUGGAUGAGGAUGAUCUUUCCUUAUUAUCUUGUACUGAUUAUGUAAUUUUAUUUUUAUAAUAUCAGAGUCGGAAGAAGCAAGAAGUAUUCAUAUUUCGGUUAUGCUUUAGCCUUACUUCAUAUUUGUAUUUCCUGGUCGCCAGGAAAUUUCUACGCCUUCAGGUAUGGGGCAUCUAAAAAUGCUGCCUUUUUUCCUCUUAUCCCUGUGGUUUUGUUCUAGUUUUUCCGUUACUUUAAGACUAUUUCAUACGGAAAAAAUUCAUGUGGUUUAUAUCUGGUGUGUUUAUUUCACCAAGAAUCCAUUUAGAAUAAAAAUGUUUAUCGGCGGAAUAACUUUUAUUGUCCUAAUGUUGUGUCGCAUCAUGUAUCAUUGAUUGCAACUCAUUUUAAAGAAGUCUCCGUGAUUUAUAUGUGAUGUGGUUCGUGUCCCAGAUGGGCUUCCAUGCGGUUACAAUGGACAACUGAUAGGGUUUUCAACAGACCUCCGAUUUAUGUUCCCCGAAUACAGUGCCCCGUCACACCUGCAGAAGAUUAAUAUCCAGAGGGUCUUAUCUUCAGAAACCGUGUCAAAUUCUUUAGCUGAGAUAUCCCAUCAAGAUUAAAGAAGAAUGUUUAAUGGUAAUCCUGAUGAUCAUUUAGGUUUCGGCUUUGGCCGGCUAAAUUGAUCAUUUUCUGGUGUCCUGAACAUCACUAAUCUGUGUCGAUUGUUUUAGCCCUUAUGCGGGCGCAAAUUUGCCCGCAAAUUUGUCCUGUUUGGUGUGUAGAAGGAUGUUUUGCAUUACCGUUCACAUCAUCAGUUUUUUCGAUAGGUUCUCAUGUUUCAUUGGAUAGACCGUACAUGGUUGGGGUUGGCGUUGCCUGUAAGUUAAUAUUAUUGAAAAGAAGUCAUGGUUUUUGACGUGUUAUGUUCUAGUUGGUCUCUUGAUGUAAAGGAUUGUGGAGUUCAAUACCCUGAUAAGUUACAUAAAUCAGUCUGGGGAGAAGAACUAAUGUGCGCUACAGCUGGUUUUAGAUAUUAUCAUACUGGACUGAACUGUCUUUAAUAAGUCAACAUACGUGAGGGUAUUAUGGCCAUUUGGUUAGGAUUAAAGUUGUGUAAAACAUUUUUUGACGAUUUUUUUUUUGAACAUUUUUUCUAUGACCUUGGCUUAUUUUAAUUUAUCAAGGUAUUAACCUGCGCAAAGCUAUAUAUCAUCUUUGUAUUUGUAUGUACUUGAAAAUAGAUACAUUAUUGGGCAGUGUGGCAUAUCGGGGGCUUCAAACAUCGUUAGUUUUCCAUAUCUGAUAUACAUUCUAUUCUAGUACAUAUCAGUACGUUCUGAACGUACAAUAUCUUUAUCUUCGUCCUUCUUUCUAUGACAGGCCUCAUGAAAUUUCAUUAUUUAUGUGCAUAUGGUAAAAAUACAUAUCACAUGGAUGCACUCAUACAUUGGGAUCUGCCAUAUCGUUAUGUCAAAUUCGGUUCAGUAUCUCUAGUGAUUGGGAUAUUCCCAUUGUAAAGUGGUUUAUUCUUGCUCUUUAGCAUGAUUUCAUCAUCCUGCGUAUUUUGUUAAGAACAACAAAUGUUCAUAUUUCCAAAAGUGUUAAACAGAUUAGUAUGCCCAAAUCUCGAUGAUUCUCCUCUAAAGGCAGCUCGAUGUUAUUGCUAAUGUACAUUGGUAUCCGUGCAGUACUUUCCUGUGAAAGCAAAAGAUCGGCAUUUAGUGUGCAAAAUUAAUCUUGUUGGCUUUCUAACGUGGACAGAUGAUCUGAGCAUUCAUUCGUUUGGUUUAUCCUCUUCUUGGACGUGGAUGUAUUGCUCAUCUCUUAGAUUCAUGUUUAAUUAUGUUCCACGGUUCCUCCGUAUACCCAACUUUUGUUAGUUUUCCACCACUCAUGAAUUCAUCUUCAUUUCCCUUCUUGAUGAUCUUGCAACGUGGGUUCCAUGUUCAUCAUUCAUUAUUUUAUUUGAUUCACUUCUUCAAUUGAGUAAAAUAUAUUAUACCUCCUAAGUUUUAGACUCUUCGCAGUAACAUUUCUGGCAACAACUAAAAACCUUGUCGUUCAUUUAAUAUCCUACAUAUUUUUUCUUCUUCAUGUCCGUUAUUUCUUUGUUAGGAUGCAACUGAAAGUUUGUGUUCUUUCACAUCAGCAUAUUAAGAUUGUCCUCUUUAUUCCCUUUUUUCUCUCCCUCUCAUGCACAUUUUCUUUUAAGUUCACGGUGUGCCUAGAUUUGGUCCCCAAUAUUUAUCUUUCUCAUGAGGGGAAAACCUCUUUCGUUAGGUUUCAAACAAGAAUAUUGAAGAACCUAGUGAACAUCAACAGCCCACAUUGCUCUUGAUUGCUUGUCUUCUUGGUUCUAUUACAUUCUCUUUGGAAAGCACUGCUGAAGAGAAGUCAGUGUUGUUUAACAAGGUAUGAUUGCUGUCUUUUUGUAUGGAAACAAUCUUAUUUAGUAAUUGUUGUAAUCGCCGUGAUUCAUCAUUUUUUAACUUGUUUAGAUUGAGAACAUCAAUGAGCUAUCAAGGCAGGAGGUUGACGAAAUCAUAAGGGUGUGCAAGAGAGAGAACUGUAUCACAGCAUCUGACAAUAUUCGUAAGAGGUAAUUUAUUUUGUGUGCAUUCUUUAUUUUCUUUUCUCGUUACGGGAUAAAUUGUUACAAUAGCUUCAGUUAUUGGGCGGUCAGGUAUUUGCAUCAAGAUUAUUUGUAAGUGCACCAUAUAUAUACUGUCCCUGAACUUUGUUUAUGCUGUGUGGUUUAAUAUUUAGAAGGGUCUUAGCCUGUAAUAAAUCAGUCAGGAGUGAUUUAUGAUUUAUGUCUAUUAGUUUUCAUAAAUAUUUUUCAUAGGAGUUGUGGCAAUCAGAAGGUUUCAAAGACUUCUACAUCUACUUGUCUUGGUUCAUCUGCUCUGAAAAAUUUAGACUCUUCAUGGAAGAUUCACACAGUAUUUUUUGCGUUGGAGCGUGCCUUUUUUCGGUAUGGAUGGGUACACUCUCUUAAACGGCAUGUGUUGCCCACCUGUGUGGAUUUUUGCUCAUAAAAUUGAAUUGUUAAAUUGUGCACAGUAUUCCUUUCAGAUUCAUCUUGAUGCAAAUUAAAUUGAUCCCCUUCAGAUGUGAGGAAAGUUUGUGCUGGGAGCAAUGGAAAAAAUAGUUUAAACGAUAGUAUUCAAUGCAUUGCCCAGUGACGCAGAGGUGAGUGGGCAACCCAGUCAGACAGGGCAGUUGCCUGUCACCUGAACAUUGAGUGGGCACCUUGACCGUGGCUAACGGUCGUCAUUUGUGUUCUAGUGUCUCUUUAUGAUGGGCCGAACGCACAACGUGACAGCUAAUGAGGUGACAGGCAUCUUACAUAUUCAUUGCCCGGUUAUGAUGGGCAUCCGAACAUGUACCGUAACAAUAAACAUAUUUGACUGCCACGGCCAUUGCAUUACACUUUUUGACAUUCUAACAAUCGUAUGUGCUUACAAGCUGUGAUAUUAUGUGCUUGGCUGAAUGUGUUUGUCAGCUGGCUGUGGUUCAGCGAUACGUAACCUUUUACAUUAAUUAUCCCAUCAUGGAUUCCUCCUUUUACACUCUUGUUCUCAAAACAACAGGCAGUCACUUUGGCUUUUUCUGAAAUGAACCUUAUGCUUGUUAUUUUGUUGUUGGAGCUUUGGAAACAGCUAAUGUCCACAUAUUCAUUCUUCUUUAAUCAUGAGUUAUCUGUAUUGUGACCUUAGAUUUUUAUCCAUUUUCAAAUAACUGUGCUCAUAUUCAUCAUUGAAGACAAAAUAGUAGAUGAGAUUGGUGAUAUGGGUACUAUCCUCCAGUUGCACCUGAUUUCAUGUAUUUCUCAGUUACCCAAGGCUUCAUAUAUUUUCCUUUGUUUUAUCUCUCUCAUAUAUAGGACCCUGAAAAAAAUAAUCUCCAUAUUUUACCAAAAAGUGUUCACGAAUUUUUUUUAUUAUCUACCCCAUUUGUAUUUUACAUUUUUUUGCCCCUCAUCGAUUGUUGUGUCCCCUCAUACUAACCUUACAAAUCGAUGGAAAACCUCUCAUAAGUGAUAAUUGUACUGGUCUCCGGUACUUGUCAAUUAUCAGAGAUGCUCACGAGAGACAUUACUAGAUUUUGUUGCUCCUACCAGCUGUUUACUACGGUCACUGAAUGCCCAAACUUCUCUUGUCUCUCCGUUUAUUUAUUUUAUGCGUGCUUCAUUGAAGUACUCUCAUUUCUCCUGGUAUCGCUAGUUCUUUAAGCCGGCGUCCUUCAGUCUGCCGCAUAUCUUGGUUGACCAGUGUGUGGUAGAUAAUACUUUCUCCCUGCAUGGUUCCUUGGAUGUAAUCCGUCUUGAUCUUCCCUUUUCCUUCAUUGAAUGCGCAACCAUGAGAAGAAUGAUGAAUUUGAUCAUUUCGUGGGUGCUCCCGCUGGUCAUCUUAAUCGUUAAUGCAUCAGGCUCCUUUGUGUCUGGUUUGGCGCUCCUAUUUAUCCGGUGCCAUGAUAAAAUAUCUUGUUUCUUAUAUCAUAUUCAUCUUCUCCUGUUCGAUUGCAAUGGUCGUACGAACAGGAGGUACGUUGCAAUGGUCGAAAUGUGUCAUGCUGCUGGGGAGAAGGAUCAGCUUAUUUCUCUGCUGCUUCAGAUUGCAGAGCAUGCGAUGAACGUUUUGUUGAUUCAUUUUCAGGAAGAGUAUGCCCCCUUGCUUCUUCUCUUACUUUCGCAUCAGAAUUUACAGUAUCCUUCUUAUUCGAGGUGUUCUGAUAAAAGUGGUUCAUGUUUCAGCAAGAGCGUUGUGGAAGAUGAUUCUCUCUCAUCAUUGUGCGGGAAGCUCUUCCCAAUUCUAGAGAGACUCGAGCUUCUAAGGGAGGUACGUAUCAGCCCUGAAUCCAUUGAUGGUUUGCUACCGCUUGUGUGUCAUCUCUCUCAACCCGGCCGCCUUGAUUUUCUAGCCUCGACCGCGGCCGCGUUGAGAAUUAUCGCGCGCGCGCGCGCGCGUGAUUUCUUCUGGUUUUAGCGGUAUAUACAUUGACGGGCGGCUCUCUUCUCCUCAGGAUAACAUUGGGCACAGUCUGAAGAUGUUCCAGAGGUCUGUGAGGACGCUCAAGGAGCUGGCAGUCGCCAAGUUGGCCGUCUAA